GCACAGGCUCUCUGAAAUGUUCAAAUUUAUACCACAGUGCUGUUUAAUGCUUGAACCUGAUUGGUCAGAAGGUGUCAGCUUUAAGUCAUAUCUAAUAUGUUAACAUUUCUGUAGUAACAGUUUUCUGUAAAGAGAUGUUUGUUUAACAUUUAUGGAAGGAGUCUCCAGUGUCAGAGGUAGCGCUGUAAUGUAUAUAUUCCUUACAUAAUCAGAAUAUCAAUAUGCAAUGGUAGCAUAUUCAAAACAUAAAUAUGGAAUAGUUCAGCUAUCAUAAAUGUAUUACUUUCUUCUCUCUCUCUGUCUCUCUCUUUCUUAUCUUCUAGGUCAUACGAUACUGAAGUGAUUGGCGUCAUCCAUGUUGAUAAACAUGAAAGUCUGCGUAACAGCGAUAUCAUUUAUCACCAUCUCUAUCUGUUUUACCGAGACGUUCGAUAUUUAUGAGGAAGUUUGCGAAAGGUUGUGUGUUUGCGAAGAAAAAGAUGGAGUUUCGACAACCAGCUGUGAAAGACGAGGAAUUGUAAGUCUCUCUGAAGUCGGAUUUCUGCGUUUCAACACACACCAUCUGUUUCUCUCAGGAAAUCUGCUGAAAAAACUUUCCUUUGAUGAUUUUUCACGUUAUGAGGGACUCCGAAUUUUGCACCUGGGUAGUAAUGACAUAGCCGAAAUUGAGGCCGGGGCUUUUAACGGACUUAAUGGACUAAAGCGCUUGCACUUAAACAACAACAAAAUUGAGGUGCUCAGGGACGAUACUUUUAUCGGCCUGGAACGACUGGAGUACCUCCAAGUCGACUAUAAUUACAUCAGCCGCAUUGAGCCGAACACACUCGGUGGGUUACAUUGUUUAGAUGUGCUGAUUUUGAAUGACAACUUGCUGUAUUCCUUGCCCAAAAAUGUUUUUCAGUCUGUUUCUUUGACCCACCUUGAUCUUAGAGGGAACCAGCUUAAGGUUCUCCCUUAUAAUGGACUUCUUGAACAUUUAUCCAAAAUUGUAGAAAUACAACUUGAAGAGAAUCCUUGGAACUGUACUUGCGAGCUUAUUGGCCUCAAAGACUGGCUAGAAAGCAUAUCGUACAAGGCGUUAGCAGGAGACAUAGUGUGUGAAACGCCAUUCCGGCUUCAUGGAAGGGACCUUGACGUCAUCUCCAAGCAGGAACUCUGCCCAAGAAGAGCCGUAGCUGAAUACGAAAUGGGUGCUGAAGCAUUUCACAAACCUGAGGCAAUCGCAUCCUCAAAUAUAGUACGCUCUACACAACCCACAAAGAGCAGCCAUCAAUCAGGGAAGCUACGUACCAAACCAACAGCGAGGGCUUCGUCCAGCAAACCGCAAAAUUAUGGCCCAGUGGUGGCGUACCAAACCAAAUCCCCAGUCUCUCUUGAGUGUCCGACCGCAUGCACCUGCAACCUCCAGAUUUCAGACCUCGGCUUGAACGUGAACUGCCAAGAGAGGAAAAUUGAGCGCAUCUCGGAUCUGAAUCCCAAACCAUAUAAUCCCAAAAAGAUGUACCUCACAGGAAACUAUAUCACCUCGUUGCAAAGUUCAGACUUUCUGGACACUACCGGAUUGGAUCUGAUCCACUUGGGCAAUAAUCGGAUAUCCAUCAUUCAUAGCAAAGCAUUUGCGGAGUUACAAAAUUUACGAAGACUGUAUUUGAAUGGAAACUUAAUUGAGCGUCUCACUAAUUACAUGUUCUCAGGCUUAGAAAACCUCCAGUUUCUCUACUUAGAAUACAACGUGAUCAGAGAAAUAGAAACUGGUACCUUUGAGAACGUACCCAAUCUUCAACUGCUAUUCCUCAACAAUAACCUUCUGAAAACAUUGCCAACGGGAGUUUUCAGAGGUUCAAACCUGGCACGGUUGAAUUUACGCAACAAUCACCUACGAAACAUGCCGGUCGAUGGAGUUUUGGAAGAUUUGACAUCAUUGGUGCAGAUUGAUCUGUUUGAGAACCCCUGGGACUGCUCUUGCUCAAUUGUGGAAAUGAAAAAAUGGCUGGAAGAGCUCAGUUCUGGAACCGUGGUGAACGAUGUGAUUUGUGAAUCUCCACCAAAAUUCUCUGGAGAGGAUUUACACCGUGUUCAUUCAUCUGAUCUUUGUCCAGUUGAUUUAAAUGUUCAAACUUCUCUGCUUCCGCCAUCAGAAGAAUCCUUCCCAGGCAGUACUGUCACUUUAGAGACAACACUGGAUUAUAAUUCGCUAGAUCCCAUGAUGCCUCUCUCCGUGCUCAUUCUCACGGUGCUCCUUAUUUUCAUUGUGACUGUAUUCAUUACCGCUGGCCUGUGCACGAUGUUCAAGAUAAAACGGCAGAAAAAGCACAAGAGCAGAAAUACAGACACCCGUUCCUUUGAUAUUAUUUACGUUGACAGACCAGGAGCGAAGGUCAGGACUUCAGCAGGUCACGUUUAUGAAUACGUCCCUCCUCUUCCGGCAUCUAAGUGCACCGUGGAUGGUGUUCUGGAAGAAAGGUACACUGAUUUUGAAGAACAAAAUGCUUUGUCAUAUACCUCGGAUGAGGAAUUGAGAAGCAUCGUAAAUGGUUCGGAGUUUAGUGCAAGCAACAGACCUUCUCCUUUACAAGAAGAUAAUCUUUUUUAUCGAGACAUCCUGGCAAGAAGCCACCAAGGCUCCUGUAGAUCCAGUUUACUGUGCAAACACAGUACGGCACAGUUUUCACCUGAUUACAACGUCCCACAGCAGUAUUUGCAUCCAGAUAGAAUACAGCAGACGAUGAUGUACGUAAAGCCCAACAGGGGUGAAUAUUGGGAGUUAAAUGCACAGCUUAAUUUUGAGCCGGACUAUCUGGAAGUUCACGAGAAAAGGACAACAUUCACUCAGUUUUGAGUUGAUACAACUGUUCUUUGUCUUGGAUUUUGGAAAUGUCUAAUUAAUAGCAGGGCUGAUAUUGAUAAAGCUUCUGAGAAUAACUCCUAGAAGUCUAUUUAAGACCAAACAUGUUAGUUAAAAGCUGGGAACAUUUUUAUGAACAUUUUCAGAGCAAAUGUUGGCAAGGAGUUAAUCUUAAGAGUAAAUCUUCAUCAUGAAGUAUGACAUUUGCACCACUGUAAAUCUAUCAACCAACACCACAUUAACAUAAUACGAACCAAUGGAUGUGCACCAACCAGAUGUAUAUGAAAAUCACAAUUACAUCAGUUCUGAGUUCUAUCUUAUGUUUAUUAAAUAAUAAUAAUAAUAAUAAUAAUAAUAAUAAUAAUAAUAAUAAUAAUAAUUAGAAGAAGAAGAGGAAGAAGAAUAUCCACAAAUGGCGAUCUGAGGGGCCCAAGCACUCUGUUUUUUGUUUUUGUUUUUAAAUAACACCCCCAGUGGCCAGUUCUUUCCAAGUUACACAGAAUAAUAAAGAGCCUGUAGAUGAACAAAUUGUUUAAGAUUCAUGACAGUAGCUCAAUGCUUAUCUUGUGAAUUAUCUUCUGAAAACUGAUUGGCUGGUGGUGGCUAUUAUUUUUUAAAUAAUCCAGUCAUCAUCAUAAAACCAUGUACAGAUUGGCACAAAGAUGCAGUACAGAAAAAUCUUACCUCAAUCUGAUAUACUCUUCCUGAGAAACAGUUAUCUCCACUUCACUCCGUCCCCCAGCGUUGACCAUACCUCAAACCUUACACACGUCCUCGGAAUCUUAUCCUGAAGAUGCAUUUCAACUUCUGUGCAAAUACAUGCAACCAGAUUGAGUAAAAUUAAGUAAAUAUAAGAAGAUUCUUUCGAUCAUAAUGCAGUUCACUAGAUAUUGGAUAAAAAAUAAAACACUUUGCAAUAGUGCUACCACUGGGCUGGUUGGGCUCAUCUCCACGGCUCAUCUCCACGGCUCUUCUCCACGGCUCUUCUCCACGGCUCUUCUCCACGGCUCUUCUCCACGGCUCUUCUCCACGGCUCAUCUCCACGGCUCUUCUCCACUGCCUAGCAAGAGGGAGUACUAUCUACUGACCAACUUUCAUGUCUGUACCACCAGCAGUUUGGUCUGCAGGAUUUGUUUUAACAGAAGAAGAAGAAGAAGAAGAAGAAGAAGAAGUGCUUGGACCCCUAAUAACCUGCACUGACGUCUUACAGCUGCUCUAUAUUUACUGAAAAGUCUAAUCAGGAUAAGAAAAGAUGCUUUUUGUCCAGAAGCCAUACAAUAUAUUGCACUGUUUUACUCUCGAGAUCAAACGAACAGAGCAGCCGUAACAGUUCCUCGAUCAGCCAUUAAUGCGUUGUUUCUUAUAUUUUAAGAUAAUUGAUUACUAAUCGAAUCUGUGAUUUUAAAAAUCUCCAUGACGACCAGGAAGGUCUGUAAGCUCUACUGUAUUAACAGUUUGAGACGCUGCUCUUGAAGCACUCCUAAAUUCUCGCCCAUUAAAGAUAGUUUUUCACAUUGCUCCCAUUCUUGGGCAUAAGUUCUUAUGUAGUGCACAUUUUUCUGCAAACCGUUUAUAUCAGGAACUUGGUCAUCUCUUGUAUGCAGCCAUAACCUCCUUGUAGUGGCUGGAAUAUCCUGAGUUUUGCAAUUCAGGAUCCCCAAAAUGUCGGUGAUCCACCUGUAUAUUUUACAGCAAAGUAUCGGGUGAUUUUCCUUUGACUACAGAUUCAUUUUCAACAUGCUGAUGGGGUUUCUGAAGUUUUAUUUGAGGUCCCCCUGACCACACAUGUCCAGUUGUAUGUGCACUAAACUUGGUGAGGUUCAGGAGCUGCAGUUUGUAUGUUUCGCUCAGGAAGGGCUUCUUUUGUGCCAUACAGCCUGUUGAGUCCGCUUGUCCCCUAAGAGGGAAGGGUUACUGCAAAUCCAUUUAAAGUGUGCUGAUAAUUUGGGUCAUUUUAAUUUGAUGCUUUUGAAGGCUUCCUGUCACAAAGCUUUGGGUGAAAUGCUGUGGCCAGUGGAGUUUAUACAGGGUUUAAGAGGAAAUGUUGCAUUUCCUUUCCCUUUCUGCUCUUUUAAUAAAGGAAAUAGCAAUAAAUUUACAUUUUAUUUAUAAGUGUUUCUACCAGCCAGUGUGGGGCUAUUUUAUACAUUUUACCUUUUGCUUAUGAAAACACAAAAACAGCUGUGUGGGUUAAAAAGCCAGUUUAUUAUGUAAACAACAAAAGACGAUAUAUUAAGAAUAUAUAUUUAAGAGAUAUUUAUUUUACUAUUCAGCACGAGCUGUACAUUCAAACUUUUUUAUAAUUAAAAUAUUUUUUUUGUACAAUUGCAGCUUACAUUUCCUGAAUAUAUUAUUUAAUGUGUUGAAUUUUCAUUUAUUUAUAUUUAUUUUCUACGUAUUGUUUCAUUGGUUUGAUUAAAUUUCUCUUGUAAAACAAUAACUUUUUAUUUAUUUAUUUAUUUAUUUAUUUAAAGUAAUAACGUUUUAGCAUAUUUAAAUCUUUAAAAUGUCUACGGGUCCUUAAAAUCACAUAAUGUACAUAAAGUAAUGUAAUGUAAUGUACAUAUAACAGCAAUGAUGUUUUCAUCUUUGUGCGUGGUUGUAUAAUUAGCCCUGACAUUGCACUAAGUUUAUUAAUAUAUAUCACAGUUUUAAUAUUGACAUCUCAGAUUGAUAUGAAAGUCGUGGUUGUCCUUAUUUGGUCCUUAAAAAGAAGUGUGACAGUGCUGUGUUUAUUUCAUAUUGAAAAAUAAUUGAAUAGAAUUAAAAACUUUACAGUCAUUGAAUUUGUCAGCGUGACUGUGAACUUAAUUUGUCUUGAAAUGGAAAAUAAAGUUUUCUCUCAUCAUUGCAUUACAAACAGUUAUUUCUCACUCGUAGGAACAAUCUGCACACGUGUUUGAGUGAGCAAACUGAUGACCAAGAGCCU